AACAAACCAUAGAAUAUAGUUACAUGUGGCUCUCCUGCAUGCUCUGUAAAACUCGUCCUUUUCAUAAGUCUUCUUCUUCUCUUCUUCUCUGUUUUGGUUUAGUGGCUGUCAUCUAAACAGAUAAUCUGAAAACAAAAUACGGCGAGAUUUCAGAAACUCUGGCCGACACAUCAGCGGUUUCGGCGGUGGUCGGCUCAAGAACUGCCUCCUCUUUUUCCGGCGUCAUUUAUCCCUUUUUAUUUAUCGGGUUGGUGCUUCCCAAGCUUCCAGUAGAUUACGGUUAAGCUUUAAUCUCCGACAAAAACAUAAAGAUGUUCAGCUGCUUUGCUGGAUUGAUCGGUAAAAAGAAAAACAAGAGGAAUCCAAAACCUACUCUGCCACCAAGAACACAAAGAAUCCUUCAGAUCAGACGUGAAGAGCCAGUGAAGCCUCUAGAGAAGGACGAGCCUAACACCAACGUGAUCCACCACAAGUUCAUUGAUCACAAGGACAGCCCUAGGGAGCAAGACUCAUAUGAUGGUGAAGAUGAACGCGAUGAAAACGACUCUCCUAAAUUCCAAGUUCAAGAACAACCGGUUGCGUCUCCGACAAGUAAGGAGCUAGGUAAGGAAGUGACAGACUGUUCUGAAAAUGAACAUGAUGUUGAAGAAAGCGGCCACGUCAGCGAUCCUGGCUUAGGUAGAGCCACGUCUUGGGUGGCUUCACCUAAGCUCAAACGAUCUUGCUCCACUCUAAGCAAGUUCAACGGCGCUGAUCCUCGUGCUUUCCAUGACCCGAGAGAUAGCUUCGAGACCAAGUCAGUUAGGUCACAUAGAAGUGCAGAUGGACUGAUGCUCAAGAAACAUUCAUCAAUGCAGAUACUUCCCUCAGGAAGCAGGAAGCUAUGGUGGAAACUCUUCCUCUGGAGUCAUAGGAACCUUCACAAACACCUUGUCUCCCUAAAGUCUUCAGCCAACAAUCACCAGUCUGGUUACACCUCUGACUUUGCUGAGCAAAGCCAAACUAGCCAUCAAGAUUCUGCAGACAACCACCAAUUUCAUAAGAAUCAGUGGGUAGCGUUCUCUGCGGAGUCCUCUUCGAUGAAACGAGUGGAUGAGUGGGUAAGAGGACUAGAUGUAGACACAGUGAUUCCAGUAAACGAGGAAGAGGACAAGCCCAGCUUCAUGGCUUCUUCUAAGAUGGUGAGAUCACCCUCAGGAAAUGUAAAUGACUCAGAGGCCAUAGUGCAUGCAAACAGCUUAAUCCAGUCCCUGAGAAAAUCCUCAAGCAUGGCUCACAUCUCGAGCAUAGGCUUGAAAGCUGUCCCAAGCAUCUCACAUUUCACCAGCCUCGAGUCCAUUGAUUUAUCCAACAACUUCAUAGGUUUAAAACCAGAUUUUAAUCGUUAAUGAGUAUGAUAGCAGCUAGUAAAUAAGUUGAGUGUUAUUUGCUACCUGGCAAUCGGUAUCUACGCUCUUCGCGUGCGCGGGAAUGAGACAGUACUUGGUCGUCGGAAAAGGUUUUUCCGAAUGCACCACUUUAUCCUCUUCCGGCGGUGCCUGUUCCUCGGUAGAAUCAUCCUCGCUCUCGGAAUCCUCAAUGACAAUUGGCUCCGACUGUGUGAUCUCUUCUUUGAGUUGUGGAAUUGCAGCCAAUAAAACCAUCUGAAUAGCAUCAACGUACCCGUGGAUCGCAACAGAAGAUUGCGAUAAUGUGAUUUCAUCCUUAGAGAUCAGGGAGGUAACCAGAGUCUGGAAAGAAGCUCGGCCCCAGGGGAAAGCGAGAAACUCAUCUAAAUCUCGUAUCAUUUCAACAUGGUCUGGCAUGAUGCGUGGUGUAUGUGAAGAAGGAAACAGAAUCGACGAUGUGAUUGCAAGGCACGCAAACUUGAUCCUGGCUUGAGUACCUUUAACAACCUUCUUCUUCAGCAUGUCUAUAGCAAUAUCGACAGUACAGAACUUCAAAGACCCAAAAAGUUUGUUCCAGUAAAGCUUCACUUUCAGAGGAUUCUUCUUCCUCUUUGUGGGUUCUGGGAUCUUCCGACAGUUCAGUCCAGUGACGAUUGCGAACUCGCGGAGUGACAUCCUGACAGGAUUCCCAGCAAAAAGAAUCCAAACCUCAUACUUCUUGUUAACUUUGAGCAGCCUAACAACAACAUGUUGCCCAAAAGCACCGGAGAACGGCGGAUUCUCUUCGAUGGCAAGAACCUUCCCGAAAGUUAAUAUACGUAGAAAAUUCAACUCCUCUGGUUCUAAAGCGUCGAUGAGCAUCUCAGUCCUCCUCAACUUGUGAUACGAGUUCACGCGCUCUCCAAGGGGUUCAUCGCCGGCGGCGAACAUCCUUGGCGGUAACAGAACUUCUUCCAUCGCGAGUAGUUUGUCGGAGACAGAAUUAAUCUCGAAUUGAAAAAUUAGGGUUUAUUUGCGGUAAAUGUCUGGACUGAUAAUUCUCGGUGUGAAAAAGGGGAUUUAGUAGUUGAGGAAAUGUGAGUGAAUGCGACUGUUGGUAGAACUGUCAAAUGGACCGUCCAGAGCCCAUUUGGGCUUGACCAAAUUGACCAUUUCAGUUAUGGGUAAUAUUGGAUGGUCCAUAUUGGACAAUGGUCCAAAAAAAUGUCCAAGACCAAUAAAGACCAUGUCCAAAUGGUCAAGUCCAUGGACACCCAAUGAUUUAUAUUUGUAUUUAAGUUAUAUGUUUUACAUUUAUAUUAUUCACAAUAAUUUUUAUACUUUUAAUUUUACAUAAUCCAUUAUUUAUU